AUGGCAGGCACUUGCUCAAUGCUGUGCAUGAUCAUCAUCACCAUCUUCAUUCCUCCUCUUGGUGUCUUCCUCAUCUCAGGUUGCGGAGUCGACUUCUGGAUCAAUGUCCUCCUCACCGUUCUCGGCUACUUCCCCGGUCACAUCCAUGCCUUCUACCUGGAAUACGUCUACUAUGAUCGUCGAAACCGCGAUCCCCUAACUCGAGCUUCUCAGCGGCCCGCACCCGGUGUCUAUUCUGAGCGCAUCCAAAACGGUGGUCACCACCACACACAUGCAGACCGAAACUAUGGUACUGUGUGA